AUGCCCUCUAAAAAUGACGACUCCCACCACCUCCACAAAAUUGGUGGCUGGAUGCAUCCAGACUAUGCUGCGCACCAAGAAUGGCUGGGCGGUAUCAUUAAGCAUGUCGAUAGCAAAGAACAAACCCUGCAUCCAGUCUUGAAAGAGUUCAAAGAGCUGAUCGAGAGCAACACCCGAGUCUAUGCGCUCAUUGAAGGCAUGCUUAGAGAAGUCCCUCACAAAAAGCCCUACCAGAAUGAUCCGACUGGCCAUCCAGAGAUUCGCGACUACCACCAUUUCCUCCGCGUCCUCAACCACCUACUCACCACCGCACCCUCAUGGACCGACAAAGCUCACCGCGUCGGUCUGGUCGGUCUGCCCAUCAACGCCGUCUUGGACUGGCCCAUGGGCACACCAAGUGGUUACGCAGCAUUCCUAGACCCAGAAAUCAACGCAAUGCUAAAGAAGGUCCUCAAUGCAUGGGGCGAAUUCCUGCGUUCCCCAGCUUCUGCUGAAGUCCUGAACACAUCUUCUCUCGGAUGGUUCGGCGAAACUGGACAUCGAGACCUCACAGCCGUCGCAAAGAUCGGCCCAUCAGCUGCUGAGAACCUCGAGUUCCAUCAAAUGUUCCAAUGUGACCCCUCAGCACCAAACUACGGUUUCAAGUCUUGGGAUGACUUCUUCACUCGAUUGUGGCGUGAUGGAAUGCGUCCGGUCGCAGAGCCUGAAGACGGUCGCGUCAUCGUCAACGCUUGCGAAUCCAAGCCGUAUAGAAUCGCUCAUAAUGUCAAGGCUCGCGAUCGGUUCUGGAUCAAAAGCCAGCCAUACUCUGUUCUUGAUAUGCUAGGACAUGAUUCUCUGGCUGAGCAAUUUGUUGGUGGAACCAUUUAUCAGGCUUUCCUUAGUGCAUUGAGCUAUCACCGCUGGCACGCUCCUGUCGCUGGAAAAGUGGUUAAAGCAUAUGUGGUUGACGGGACGUACUACUCCGAGCCGUUGUUCGAGGGCGUUGGGAACCCGUUUGCUCAAUCUCAAAAUAUUCAUCUUGAAGGUCAGACUAUCUCGCAGUCGUAUAUUACUGCGACUGCUACGCGUGCACUGAUCUUCAUCGAGGCGGAUGAGCCUGCUAUUGGCCUUAUGGCAUUUAUUGGUGUUGGCAUGGCUGAGGUCUCGACCUGUGAUAUUACUGUUAAGGAAGGCGACCGUGUCAAUAAGGGUGAUGAGAUUGGUAUGUUCCACUUUGGUGGAUCUACUCAUUGCUUGCUCUUCCGCAAGGGCGUCGAUAUUUCUGGAUUCCCUGAGCCUGGCAUGGAGGAGAACAUGCCUGUUCGUAGCAGAUUGGCAACCGUUGCAUAG